UCGCGCCGUUUCCCUCACCCGCCAUUUAAUGAGCGAUAAAGCAGACGUACCAGGCAGAGAGUCGGGGAUGGAGGAUACGUCAAGAACGCGCAUUGCUGCGGUAGUUAUCACCCCAGAAUGACGACGUGCGGGUGAGGCCUGGGCCGCCGUUGAGCGCCUGACUGGAAAAAAACACACACAGUACCGCGCAGCUUCUUGUCCUCGCCUUCUGAGCCUCUUUGGCCACGCCCAGAUCACACGGCCAGCCAAUCGUAGAGCAGCGUGCAACUGCGCGGAGGAACAGCAGUCCGGUGCUGAUGAAAUGUAGCGGAGUUCCGGCGCCGAGAGAGGGGUCUCCUACUCUCCCCUCGGACCCUCCAUGCGGGCUUAAAGUUCCGUCUCCAGGAUGGUGCCGUCCGUCACUCGACUCUGCCGCAGUGUGGCUUUCUCCACCUGGCUGGUGUCCUCCUUGUGCUCCGUGCACCUGUUGUGUCUGGACUUCACCGUGGCCGAGAAGGAGGAGUGGUACACGGCCUUCGUCAACAUGACCUACCUGGACCCGGUCACCUCGCACGUCCGCACCGAGAGGACUGAGUGCGGCCGCUACGGCGAGCAUUCGCCCAAGCGCGAAGCCAGGGGGCUGGUCGUGGUGCCCUCUCUCCCGCAAGAGCGACAGAUGUGCGACCCGGCCGCUCGCUUCCCACCGGUGACUCGGACCGCCGCCUCCUGGGUAGCGCUGGUGGCGGCGGGGAACUGUACUUAUCGAGAGAAAAUCCGUAACGCGGCCGCCCUGAACGCCUCGGCUGUGGUGGUGUACAAUGUGGGCUCCAGCGGCACCAACGACACCAUCACCAUGCCCCACUCAGGCACAGGCGAGGUGGUGGCCAUCAUGAUCCCGGAGCACAAAGGUCGGGAGAUUGUGGCCCUGCUGGUGCAGCACGUCGCCGUCACCUUGCACAUCACUGUAGGAACGCGCAACCUGCAGAAGUAUGUGAGCAGAACCUCGGUAGUCUUUGUCUCCAUCUCCUUCAUCAUUCUCAUGAUAAUCUCCCUCGCCUGGCUUGUCUUCUACUAUAUCCAGAGAUUCCGAUAUGUUAAUGCCCGAGACCGCAACCAGAGACGCCUGGGAGACGCUGCCAAAAAAGCCAUCAGCAAGCUCCAAGUCCGCACCAUCAAGAAAGGAGACAAGGAGACCGACCGCGACUUUGACAGCUGCGCCGUGUGCAUCGAGGCCUAUAAGCCUAGCGACGUCAUCAGGGUGUUGCCAUGCAGGCACGUGUUCCAUAAGCACUGCGUGGACCCCUGGCUGCAUGACCAGCAGACUUGUCCCAUGUGUAAAAUGAACAUCCUCAAAGCUUUGGGAAUCUCUGAUGGUGUGCCCAGCUCCAUACAGACGGCUCCAAUGAGAUGCCCGCAGACUACGAAAUGUCCCUCGGGGGUCCAUCCGCCGACCUCGUCAGCGGGGCGAGCGAAGUCACCGUCAACGAGAGCUCCGUGGUGCUGGAUGUGGUUGAGAGGGAGACGGUGCCGCGUCAACAUGGUCCACAUGUGGAGAUCGCGCCACGGGCGGAGGAAAACUACGUCAUUUCGAACAGCGAGCAGCAGUUUCCUGUCAGCAGCGACUCGGACUCUUCCAUCAGUGCGACCCGACAGAACCAGCGCACGCCAAGGAAGAGCCAGGACGUGUGUGUGAUGUAGCAUCUGUCAGUGUUAAGUCCGAUGCAUGUUGGAAUAAAUUUCUGCUUGUUUUUUGUUUUUUAA